CCAAUUUCUAAGCUGUUAUAACAAAAAAGUGUUUGCUUUUUUUCCACAAGUAACUUUAAAAGUGUAGUUUAGAAAGAAAACAUUUUCAAUAAAAAGACACUACAUUAGUCCUGGAUGCUUGCAAAUCCUAAAAUAUAUUCCUUCUCUAGUAUUACACAGCUCUGUGUCAUAUACACAGAUUAGCUUUAAAAUUUGUCACAUACCACUUUGCCUUUACUUUUAUGUAUCAUUCCCCCUGACUUCCUUACUGCAGGUGUGGGCAAGAAAACUUUUCCUUUAAAACUUUUCAACAGCGGGCAUAAAAUUCUGCAGCUGAGGUCUUGAAGAAUGCAGAUGGGAGACGAAACCAGACAGAGGGUCAAGUUUACAGAUGACCGUGUCUGCAAGAGUCACCUUCUGGACUGCUGCCCCCAUGACAUCCUGGCUGGGACGCGCAUGGAUUUAGGAGAAUGUACCAAAAUCCACGAUUUGGCUCUCCGAGCAGAUUACGAGAUUGCAAGUAAAGAAAGAGACCUGUUUUUUGAAUUGGAUGCAAUGGAUCACUUGGAGUCCUUUAUUGCAGAGUGUGAUCGGAGAACCGAACUUGCCAAAAAACGACUCGCAGAAACACAGGAGGAGAUCAGUGCGGAAGUUUCUGCAAAGGCAGAAAAAGUACAUGAGUUGAAUGAAGAAAUAGGAAAACUCCUUGCUAAAGCUGAGCAACUGGGAGCCGAGGGAAAUGUAGAUGAAUCCCAGAAGAUUCUUAUGGAAGUGGAGAAAGUCCGCGCAAAGAAAAAAGAAGCCGAGGAAGAAUACAGAAAUUCCAUGCCUGCAUCCAGUUUUCAACAGCAAAAGCUGCGUGUCUGUGAAGUCUGUUCAGCCUACCUUGGUCUCCAUGACAAUGAUCGUCGUCUGGCAGAUCACUUCGGGGGCAAGUUACACUUGGGGUUCAUUCAGAUCCGAGAGAAGCUUGAUCAGUUGAGAAAAACUGUGGCUGAAAAGCAAGAGAAGAGAAAUCAGGAUCGCUUGAGGAGAAGAGAGGAGAGGGAGCGGGAGGAGCGGCUGAGCAGGAGGUCUGGAUCAAGAACCAGAGAUCGCAGGAGGUCACGCUCCCGGGACCGGCGUCGGAGGCGGUCAAGAUCUAACUCCCGAGAGCGACGGAAGUCCUCCCGGUCCCGGUCCCGAGACAGACACCGGCGUCACCGAAGCCGUUCCCGGAGCCACAGCCGGGGACACCGCCGGGCUUCCAGGGACCGGAGUGCGAAAUACAAGUUCUCCAGAGAGCGGGUGCCACGAGAGGAGUCCUGGGAUUGCGGGCGGAACGAGCGGGGUCCCACUGACUGGAGGCUCGAGAGCUCCAAUGGGAAGAUGGCUUCACGGAAGUCUGAGGAGAAGGAGGCUGGCGAGAUAUGAACCCGGACCUGGGUGCUGUAAAUAGUCUGAUAAACUUUCAACACAGCCUAAAAGUACCCUUUAUAUUUGCUGAAUACAACUCAUCUUUUGUAGUUUGAAAUUUCUAUUGUUUUGGAGCUAGCUGUGAGUUUCUAGAGUUGUACAGAGUUGCUCCCGUGUUCUGGGGUUAUGUUGAAUAGGAAUUAAUAAAUCUGAUGGACUGCC